GCUCCUUCUCUUCCCGACGAGAUGGCCACACCGGCAGUACCGGCGAGCAGCCCUCCCGCCACUCCGGCCCCGGCUCCGGCCGCGGCUGCGGCCCCGGCCCCGGCCGCGGCCCCGACCCCGGCCCCGGCUCCGGCCCCGGCCGCGGCCCCGGCCCCGGCCCCGGCCGCAGCGCCCGCUCCGGCUCCAGCGGGAGCCGCGACAACGACUCCGGCCGCGGCCGCAGAGUCCGCGGCCGCCGCGGCCACGACCCCGGCUCCCGGCCAGACGCCAGCCUCGGCGCCGGCCCCGGCACAGACCCCGCUGCAGUCGCUGCCCGGGCCUGCUCUGCCCGGCCCCUUCCCCGGCGGCCGCGUGGUCCGGCUACAUCCGGUCAUCCUGGCCUCGAUCGUGGACAGCUACGAGCGGCGCAACGAGGGCGCCGCCCGCGUCAUCGGGACCCUGCUGGGAACUGUUGACAAGCACUCAGUGGAAGUCACCAAUUGCUUCUCUGUGCCCCACAAUGAGUCAGAAGAUGAGGUGGCUGUUGACAUGGAAUUUGCAAAGAACAUGUAUGAAUUACACAAGAAAGUCUCUCCAAAUGAGCUCAUUCUAGGCUGGUACGCUACCGGCCAUGACAUCACUGAGCACUCGGUGCUGAUCCAUGAAUACUACAGCCGAGAAGCCCCCAACCCCAUCCACCUCACAGUGGACACAAGCCUCCAGAAUGGCCGCAUGAGCAUCAAGGCCUAUGUCAGCACUUUAAUGGGUGUCCCUGGGAGGACCAUGGGGGUGAUGUUCACGCCUCUGACGGUGAAAUAUGCAUAUUAUGACACUGAGCGCAUUGGAGUGGACCUGAUCAUGAAGACCUGCUUCAGUCCCAACCGUGUGAUUGGCCUGUCCAGCGAUUUGCAGCAAGUAGGAGGGGCAUCAGCUCGCAUCCAGGAUGCCCUCAGCACAGUGUUGCAGUACGCAGAGGAUGUGCUGUCCGGAAAGGUGUCAGCUGACAAUACCGUGGGCAGAUUCUUGAUGAGUCUGGUCAAUCAAGUCCCCAAAAUCGUCCCUGAUGACUUUGAGACCAUGCUCAACAGCAACAUCAAUGACCUGCUGAUGGUGACCUACCUGGCCAAUCUCACGCAGUCCCAGAUUGCCCUCAAUGAGAAACUCGUAAACCUAUGAAUGGACCCGACAGCUGCCCUGCCCGACUGGGCCUCACCACUAGGCCGCACCGUGCAGUAAAGUGAGGUGGUUUCUCUGGUUUGGUCACACUGAGUCAGCUGCUUGUGACUUUUAAAUAAAAACGACCUAUCUUUUAUAAAUGAUUUUAUAAAUGGAGCCUUCUGCUGGGUAGAAGGGAGAAAACUGUUCUAGAGCUCAUACAGAAACGAGAAAGUGAACAGGUGAAAAUUGUAUGAUUGAUACAACUUGUACAGUAAUAGUCAUACUCAGAAACAAACCCACUUUUGUUUAUAUUUUCUAACUAUAGUAACAUAGCUACAAUAAGAGUGUUCAAGUUAAUAGUAUUGACAUGCCCCAAAUUUACUGAUCCUAAUACCACCAAAGGCCCUCCGUCACCACCCCUUUGUCACCUCUAGUAUCAUCUUUAUCCAACCCCCCUGCAACAUCUCCCCCACUGCCAAAACCCUUUUCCUUCACCUUGUCUUACAGGGCUACAUUACUGCCCCACCAUAUUGUUUUGUUUUGUGUUUGGGGGCCACACCCUGCAGUGCUCAGGGCUUAUUUCUGAUUCGGUGCUCAGGGCUCACUCUUGGCAGGGCUCCUGGAACCAUAUGUGGUGCUGGAGGUUUAACCUGAUUUGACCACAUGCCCUACCCGCGAUAGUUUUUGUUUCUGUUGUGAGGUUGGUUUUAUUUUAGAUUUUUAUGGUUUGUUUUGGGACCAUACCUGGCAUUGCUCAGGAUUUGCUCCCUGUGGUUCUCAGGGGCCAUGUAGGCUGAAGAUCAAACUAGGCACUCCUGUAUGCAAAGCAUGUACUCUGUCCCUUUGAGUUAUCUCCCUGACCCUUGGCCCACUCUUUGCCAAUGAUCAUAGCAAACUGGAUCUCAAAAAGGGUUUUGUCCCUUUCUUUUUACAUGGAGGUAGUGCCAAAGGCUGCCUUCUGUGUGAAGUACCCAGAGGAGAGAGAAGAAUGGGGUAGGUACACCUCAUUCCUGUGACCCAUGUGUGCUAUAGAAAGAUCGCACCUGCAUUAUAAGAAUUAACUCUGCCCACCAGGUUUCCAAUUUUCAAUCUGGAAAGGUGUCCACCAACAGUAUUGUGAACCAUUUCUUGGUAGGUAUCUGAUUUCCACAGAAAAUAAAACAGACUGGAGAAAAUCAGAUAAAGUGAAGGUUAGGAGAGUACUAUGCUUAGUAUGUGAAAAUACUUGAAUACUAGGAUGCAGCUGUCUGUUGCUAUGGUCUAGAGGCAGAUUUAGUAUCUUUAUAGAGAUUUACUAGUGCAAAUUGGUAAGCUCUGAUGUUUGUAACUUGAGGUCAGCCUUGGGUUGUGAUAGAUCCAUCAGUGGCAGAAUCUAAAAAAGGUUAGAUGACUUCCAGGGACCUCGUAGGCAGAGUGCUGAAACAUCACUUUAAUCUGCUAUCUUGGAGUUCUGACUGCACACAAUGAAGUGUCUGACAAAGAAAUGGAUUUGUCAGGGACUAUGGGCUCUUGCAUAUGGGGUGUAAACUCAGGAUCAAAUAUACUUGGUUUCUGACUCUAGGUCCCAGUUAUAUAACCUUAGAGAAUCAGUUUUGGGGAGUUAAAAAAAAUGUGGGUAGGAGGUUGGAUCAGUAGUAUAGUGUGGAUAUGGCACUUGCCAACCCGGUUUGAUUCCCACCAUCUUACAUGGUCCUCUGAGUACCACCAGGAGUAAUUCCUGAGUGCAGAGCCAGGAGUAAGCCCUGAGAAUUGCCCAGUGUGACCCAAAAACAAAAACAAAUUGUGGACAAGUAAUCAUUUUUUCUAAUGUAGGAAAAUGUAAGUAUAUAAAGUGAUUAAGAGUGUAUCAAGUUAUGUGUUUGAAAAUAGCUUGUGUGCUUGGAAGAAGGUCUAUAGAGAAAGUGUUUCAGUGUUCUUAUAUUUGGGGUGAGUCAUUAAUAGCAACUUUAGACUUAAAAAUAUCUAAGAUGAAAUUCCAAAGUUACUCAUGAGAAACAAAAUUUCCAAAGAAACAAUGAUAGGAAAUAACAGAGUAAGAAAAAGAAAAAUGAAAAAAAAUGAAAACAGUUUUAAAAGUUGGUUAAGCAGAUCAAUAAAGAUGACAAAUAUACCAGUGAUCGGGCCAGAGAAAUAAUGUUAGGUUAAGGUAAUUGCCUUGCACACAACUGUUCAGUGUUGUGUGCAUUGAGACCCGUGCAUCGAGACCCAUGUUCGAUCUCCAGCCUCCAUAUGGUCCCGGAGCCUGCCAGGAGUGAUCCUUAAGCCAGAGCCAAAAGUGAGCCCUGAGCACAGCCAGGGUAUGACCCCACACACACACCACAAAAAAAAAAAAAAUACAUAUGCACACAGACAUAUAAUGGUGGCAAAAAAGAUACAUAAUAGAUGUAGAAGAAUUAGUCUAAUGGGUAGCCAAAAAGAGAAAGCUAAACCAACACAUCCACACAUACACUCCUCCCCUGUCCAUCUCAGCCAAUUUGGUGUAUUGAAGACACUCCAAAAUCAUAAAGGACACAGAAAAUUGUCAUGCAACUUUAAACAAAGGAAAAUACUGGCAGAUGAAAGAAAACUAGUCUCAGAAGACAGGUGACAUUAAACACCUAACUUGAGAUGUAUGUGCCCUGACAUCACCGUGAAUGCCGAGUCAGCAAGCAUUAAACCAUCACUCUUAAUAAACUAGGUUAAUUUAUUACUGAUGAGUCCGGGUCAGUACGCGUGACCUUGCUUUUUGUCCACAUCCAUUCAGACACGUCAUUAAUGUGUAUUGUCAUUGACACUGAACUCAGUUGACAUUGCUACAACUCAGGUCUGAACAAAAGUAAACUACUGGGUUUCCCCAUUCACACGGUCACAGCCUUGUGCUGAGAGACAGCAGGUGGCACUUCAGCACUCACCUGCACUGCACUUCGCAGCAGCCAGGCCUCUAGAGAGCAACACUCCUGCGACUGAGUCCAGUAGAAGCUGCGACUGAGUCCAGUAGAAGCUGCGUCAGGGAGGUGGAGCAUAUCCUUGUACCUCAGAGAUGCAAAUGUUUAAAGCAGACGCACUCAGGAAGGCUGUCGGGAUACUUCUGGGUGUUGCUGAAGACUUAUUAACCAUUCAACAUGAGAAAUAGCACUAUUUCUAUAUCUCUAUAAAUAUGGUAGAGAGAAGGCUUUUUUUUAAGGCUCCACCUAGUGCAGGGCCCACGGUUCAGUGCUUGGGCCGGUGCUGUGGUGCUGGAGGUGGCAGGGAGAUAGAUGGCAGAGCCAGGGAUCGAACUUGGGGCCUCCUGUCAGGCCUGUGCUCCACCCUUUUUAGCCAUGAGCCUGGCCCUGAAAAGAGUUGGUGGUGUCCAGUUAGUAUGUUUGCUUACACAAGUCUUAAGGACUGCUAAACACAAAAUUCAGUAUGGUGGCUGAGUAUAAUAGUAUGCUCAGGAAAUGAUAGCCUUUAUAAAAUUUUGAAAUUUUAAGUCCAUCAUAAUUUUCUAUUUUUUUAUUGAGGCACUGUGAUUUACAGAGCUAUAACCAAGAGUCAGUGUAUAGUGUUGCAACACCAGUCUGCCCCCAGGGUCAGCUUCCCUCUACCAUUGUUCCAGGUUCGUUCCCACCCCUGGCUGCCUCCUGGACAAGGCACAAUGUUUAUAAUGCACUGGCUUACAAUGCUGUUUCAUGCAUAACUCACUCCCCCAGAGUCUCUACUACCCUCCAUCAUUCCUCCAUUGUGUAACUUGUAAUUUUUAAGCAUACAGAAGAGUGAUCAAUGUCGUUAAAUCCUCAAAAAUCUUGAUGCUGGAGUCUCAGGUUAAUUAGUGUGAACGAACAAGCUAAUUUAUUUAAAUGAUUUUAUUGUGUUGGGCAUACAAAUUGUUUCUGGCUUUUGUGCUGAGUUUUCACUGGUGAAUAAUUAUGUGCAGGAGGCACAAAUUAGUUUUCCUUUCUUAUGGGUAAUCUCUGUCCCCUGCUGUGUCACAUGAUCAUCUGGGAAGUACGGUAACACCCAACCUCUACAGAUGAAGGAGACAAUGAUGAAUGUGCUUCUCCGACUGGUACUACCAGAGACAGCAUCCCACUGAUGCCUUCCACGGGUCCACAAAUCCAAGUCUGACAGGCUAGAGCUGAGUCCUUAGAAGAUCAACUCAGUCAAACAGCUUUGGAGAGAUGGGGGGAGCAGGGAGAUCUAGGAGUACAGGGUGUGUGGACAGUUGUAAUCCAGCCCAUCUAUUCCCCCAAGCCUGUGGACUAUUAAAAUUUUUAAACAAACAUCUAUAUAUUGUUGAUCAGGUGUUGCACUUGUGGUGCCAGACGGGCACAUACACACUUGGGGUGGGGCCAGAGGUCACACCCAGCAGUGCUGGGUAUCUCAGCAGUGUAGGAGAUGGAGCUUAUGGCCUCAUGUAUUUAUACAAGGCAGGCUCUGCCACUGAGUCACACAUCCUCGGGCCCAAUCUUUUUUUGUCUGUGUUUAUUAAUCGAUCUACUAGUGUAAAUCUUAAUCGCUGAACAAUGACAUCAAAAGGAAAAUAUGUUGACCCUGAGAUCAGAACAUAAUCUUUUCGCAUCAAAGCUAAUUAAUAUGUGUAACUUGGAUUUCUAAGCAGGAUACUUCAAGGAUACUAUAAAGCAUCAGGGAAUCCUUUUACCGCGGGUUACCUGGCAUAGCCUCUUACUAACACCAGCUCUGAGUGUAUCUGAUGAAGAAAUGAGUAUUUCUCAUGCAAAGUUAGCUUCCCCACAGAAGAUUCAAAUUGAGCGGGAUUGCUGGAACUGAACUUAUUGUAAUGCCCAGGAAUCCACGCAUACUCAGAAACAGGGCUAGUACAUGCCAGCUCCUCUUCCCCUGCUAUCUCCCAGAGGGAAAGCAACUAGUCACCCUUGCACCUUUGGACCCAUGAAAAUAGAUCUGUUUUAGAAACAGAACUGUUGUUUGUAAUGAUACAUAAACUAGUACCACCACAUGGUCCAGGCCACAUCAGGAGUGUACUAAGCACCAAUCACUUUUCUCAGACUGGCAGGAAAUUUCUGUAGACCUGUGCUGAAAACCAUUGAUCUAGAACAAUUAGAUCUCUGUGUUCUCUGCUGUCUGUCUGGUCCAUCCUAGUCUGUCUUUUGUCUCCUUGGAGUCAUGCUGACCCGUGCGCAGGGGUCAGUUUUACAAAGGUCUCCAGAUGAUCCCACGGGGCUGCUCCGCUGCUCCAUGCUGACGCUUUCUGCAUAGUGGCCACUAGAGGGCCUUCGUGCAUCACUGGCUGCCGUUCAUGUUUCUUGUUUCUGGGCCAUUUUCCAGAGGCCUGCUGCAGAAAAGUGCCCUUGGCUGUGGAGCAGCCUGGUCGGUGCCCAGUGAGUGACCAAAACUUCUGAAAAUAAAAGUUCUCUUCUUCCUUUAUUUUGAGUCACAGAGGGAUGAGGCUGUAUCUUCAUCUCUAGCCUAGUAUCACUCGAAAAAAGCACAUUCUUUAUUUCAAAAUGUAGUUGGAAGAGUAAUUAUACUUGUAAACCUCCUAGGGCAUAUUCUUCCAAUCAAAUUAUAAUCUGUAAACUCCUCUAAAACAAAAAUUGGGCCAAAGCAAUAGUACCGUGGAUAAGGUGCUUGUCUGUGGUCAACCUAGGUUUGAUCCCUAACACCCCAUAUCAUACCCUGAGCCCACAGUAACAGUCCGUGAGUGCAGAGACAGUAAGCCUGAGUACAACCAAGUGUGGCCCCAAAACUAAAAAUCCUACACCUGACAAUUCCAGGGAAAUCCCUUAUUCCCAGGGCCAGAGAGAAAGCUCAACCAGCUGAGCACAUGCUUUAUACACAGGAGACCCAGGUUUGGUCCCUGGAACCACAAUGUUCCCCAAGGACCACCAGGAGUGACCCCUGAGCAUGAUCAGAUGUGGCUCAAAAAAACUUGAUUCCCCAAGGCCCUGAUGACCAGAGCUGGUAGACAGUCCCAAGAGCCUUGUAAAAGACUCUGGUUCUCCCUGCACUACACUAGAAGUAUGGGUAAGUGAGCCUCAACGCGCCGUAGGUUUCAACCAGGAGAUUGUACAGGGCAGGAUGGUGGGGGAAAGUCCUGUGUGUAAGACUGCUCAGCUGGUUGGAGGUAGAAGAGAUGGAUUAACUGGGAAUUCAAAUCCCCACAUUUAGACCUAAAAAUUCCACUGGAGAAGGGACAUGCUUAGUUUGCCUCACCCGAAAUCAUUACAUGAUAAGGAUCUUGGAAGGUGAUUUUUUUAAUUUUUUAUUUUUAAUUAGUGAAUCACCGUGAGGGUACAGUUACAGAUUUAUACAUUUUUGUGCUCAUGUUUCCCCCAUACAAAGUUCGAGAACCCAUCCCUUCACCAGUGCCCAUUCUCCACCACCAGUAAACCCAGCAUCCCUCCCACCCUCCCCAGUCCCGUCUCCCCCCACUCCACACUGCCACUAUGGCAGGGUAUUCCCUUUUGUUCUCUCUCUCUGAUUAGGUGUUGUGGUUUGCAAUAAAGGUGUUGAGUGGC